ACCUUGACUAUUCGCGUUAAACCAAUCGGACGCGUCCGAAGGGGAUGUGCGUAAUUUGAAAAAGACAUACAAGGAUACACACGAGUAGCGUUGAGCAGCCUGGCAGUAUGACUCAGUCUAACAGUGUCCCGUCACCACCUAAAAGAGAAAGGUAUACGGCUAGCAACACUCAUCGUCAUCAUACGUUAUUGAGUAUGACUCAGAAAACGUCGAGUGAGUUCUUCAAAGAAAUCCUAUCACCAGCGAUUCUACUUGAAAGACUCCCAAAUGUGGUAGAAAAUGCUCCUGAACCAAAUUGUCCCUAUAAACCAACGUGUAGUAUUCGUGAAGAGUAUGGUCGACCUAUUUACGGUGUUGCCUUUAAUUCGGUCAAUCGGAGUCAACCAUCUGAUCCACUUUAUUUCGCUACAGUUUCUGGUCACUAUGUUACAGUGUACCAGUGUCACUUGAAAGACGACGUUGCAGAUGCUUCAAGUGAGGAUUCUUCGAGACUGGAGCCUGUCAGUACAUUGCUGACUUUCGCUGAUCCAGCUGGUGAUGAGGAAGAGUUUUAUUGUUGUGCUUGGUCACAUGACGCAAGUGAGAGGUCUGUGUUUAACUCGUGGGGAGGUUGCAGUGAGAGUCGUCGACCUCGCCCGACUCCUCAUCCUCAUCAAGGUUUAAAUGAUUUUUACAGUGGGUCAGUUAUCCCUCCGCACCAGCAGAUUGUCGCUGUGGCAGGGAAACGUGGUGUUAUCCGGAUUCUUUGCCCUAGCAUGCUAAGUUGUCUUGGUAGUCUCGUUGGCCAUGGAGGCUCUAUCAACGAACUGAAAUUUCAUCCAAAAGAUCUCUCCCUAUUGUUUUCCUUCAGUAAAGAUUACACUAUUCGUCUGUGGAAUGUUGCCACCAAUGUGUUAAUAUGUGUAUUUGGAGGGUCAGAGGGCCAUCGGGCUGAAGUGCUGCAUGGUGAUGUAUCCCUAUCUGGCAACCUCCUGUUGUCUGCAGGGAUGGAUCAUUAUAUAAAGAUAUGGCGACUUAACACUCCUGAGCUGGCGAAUAGCAUCAGCGAAUCUUUUGACUACCGUCUUCAUACAAAUACAAGGCCGUUUCCUGUACUGGUACAACAAUUCCCGGAAUUUAGUUCCCGUGAUGUGCACGGUGAUUACGUGGACUGCGCGCGUUGGUUUGGUAGCUUGGUUAUCUCUAAGUCGUGUGAAAAUUGUGUUAUGGUCUGGAAACCCGGUGAACUAGAUAAUUCAUCAGGUAGUUCGCCUGUAGUAUGUAGUGAGAGUGGUUCAUAUUUAGCCGAUGGUGGGAUUCACGUGGUAGAUGGUUUGCGGCUUCCGACUCGGCUAUCUGCAAUUGACCCUCAUUCAGAAGAGCUAUCGCAUGCACCCGGUGUACUGACAGAGCCCAAAGCGAGCGUCAUUCACUGUUUGAAAGCAGAGAAUUGUAAUCUAUGGUUUAUUCGUUUCGAUUUGGAUCUGAAAAAUCAGAUACUUGCUUUGGGCACAAGUAGUGGUCCGUCACGCGUGUAUUUGUGGGAUCUAAAGCAUCCUGAGAAAGCAUUCAAUCUGCCACCUAAAGUGCUUCAUCUCCCUCCAAUUAGCAGAGUUGGUCGAGGUGGUUCAUCGUCGAACCACGUGGCAAUCAGACAAAUACGUUUUGCAAAUGACGGUGAAAUUCUCUUAUGUGUAUGUGAUAAUGGUGUCAUUGUAAGAUUUGAUAGAAUGUAACUUUUGUAUAUAUUUAUUGUCAUCAAUGGUUAGUUUGAAAUGUAUCAAUAAAUCAUAUUUUUUAGGGAA